AUGGGGAAUUCACCGAGCUCUCACAAGAUAUCUGCCCAGGACAAGGCGAUCCUGGACAUGAAGAAUCAACGCGACAAGCUACAUCAGUAUCAACGGCGCAUUACAGUUCUUACAGACCGGGAGAAGGACAUAGCAAAGCAGAUGCUUGCAAAAGGGGAUAAGUCCAAAGCUUUAUUAGCACUACGAAGAAAGAAGUACCAAGAAUCUUUGCUGGCGAAGACAGAUGCGCAACUCGAGCAGCUGGAGAAGUUGACCAGCAGUGUGGAGUUUGCGCUGGUGCAGAAAGAUGUUGUCUUUGGGUUACAGCAGGGGACUAGUGUAUUGCAGGAGAUACACAAGGAAAUGGGAGGCAUUGAUCAUGUCGAGAAGCUGAUGGGAGAUACGGCUGAUGCGAUUGCCUAUCAGCAGGUAAGUCGAGUA